AUGAAAGUAGAUCCAGAAGAGGUAACGGAGGAUGAAAAGUUUCACGCUCUACCUUUCCAUGACAGUCGUGAAAAGUUCGGCUUGGCCGUCAAAGGUAAGAACCCUCAUGUUAUGGACGAAACUGAAGUCUGGGAAUUCGAUCAUCCCAGAAGACCAGGCAGACAGUUGAGUCCGAUUGAAAAGGCUGCUAGACGUGUCAGGCACCUUGUCCAUUCGUCCAAUCUGGCCACUGUGAAUACUAUCUAUCAGGAUGGCGACCGUAAAGGCUUGCCAGUAGGACAGCUCGAAUACUAUGCUGAUUGUAUUACAGAAGAUGACCCUGAUCAACCUUUGACUUUUAUCGGUCUCAAUAUCUCGACUGUGUUUAGGAAUGUCAAUAAAGGCUCACCAGUCAGUUUGUCUAUUCGAUUAGGUGACUCGAGUCCUUUUGGGUUGACACCUAUUUCUCCUGCUGGCAACCCCAGGGUCUCAUUGUUUGGUGAGUUUAUCGAACACAAGGGUGAUAAAGAGGCCGCCAAAAAGUGUUUUUUGCACUCUCACCAUGACGCACAUUCAUGGAUUCCUGGUGAUAGCAGUGCAGUUCAUGAUUCAUACUGGCUCAAAUUUAAUAUCACUGGUAUUCAUUUUAUUGGUGGAUUUGGCGACACUGCUUAUAUUGGAGAUAUUCCUGUUGAACUGUACAGAAAUGCCACUCAGAAGAGACGUCACCACUUUUCGGUCGACAACACUGAUAAUAAACAGCUACUUACCCAAGACUGGGUACAACUAACUGAUUAUAUUGCUCCUGGCACCAGUCGCAAGUUACUGCCAUCUAUUAUCAAGGCUCAAGGAAAGCAUGGCAACAAGCCUUGUGGUAGAUCUCAUAAGGGUCAAGAUAGCAGUCAUGGUAGCCUUGUUAAAGUUAAACACUGUACCACUCAGAAUGCCUUCAAAGUCUGCCGUUACCGUUAUGUCCUGGGCUCUCCUAUUGGGCACUCCGAUUCGUUUAUCGAUAAAGUAAAGUCUAUUAUUUCUCGACUCAUCUCUGCCUAA